AUGGCUCAAAUGAACCGCCCAGCUCCUGUGGAAGUCACAUAUAAGAAUAUGAGAUUUCUUAUUACACAUAAUCCAACCAAUGCGACCUUAAACCAAUUUACAGAGGAACUUAAGAGGAAGUAUGGAAUUACCACAAUAGCAAGAGUCCGUGAAGGAACUUAUGGCACUACUCUUGCGGAGAAAGAAGGCAUCCGUGUUCUCGAAAGGCCUGUUGAUGACAGUGCACCACCAUCCGACCAGAUUGACGAUAACUGGUUAAGUCUUGUGAAAAUUAAUUUCAUGAAGAACCUGGUUGGUUGUUGUAUUGCUGUUCAUUAUUAUGCUGCUGGCCUUGGGAGAGCUCCACAACUUUUUUAUUUGGAGAAGUAG